CAGUCAGAACUCCUGCUUCUCCUGGCAAAAACACAAUAUUUUGGACAUUUAUUGGUCAAAUUCUUCAAUGAAUCUUCUAAGGGGUAGUAAGUGCCAUUCUCUGAAUGGCUGCUAUGGCCUUAGAAGGAAUGCUGCUCCAUCCAAAUGCUUUCAAGAUUACCAUGUCGAAGGCCUGAGCUUGUCUAAAAAGAAAUGUACCCAAGCCUUGACUGCUGGUGUGAAAGGCGACAGAUCUACUGCACAGGCUCCUCACCUACCUGUCUCUACUGAGGUUACUACCAACAUUGGUCGUGCCCCACUGAUCCUGCGCAUAAAAAGAACUGGGCUUCCAGGGUCCCGCUGUGAAUUCAUCUCAGAGCUUGUUUUCCCCUCCAUGCAAGAGGGAUUUAUUGGUGGAAGCAAGCCAGCUCAGCCACUGAUUUCAGGAAAAGAACAGGCUGAUGUACAGGAAAUAAACACUGGAGAACGUCCACUGGUGGCCAAGGAGAAAUAUGGUGUGUCAAAGACAGCACUUGAGGAGACACUUGAGGUUUCUUCCAUCUUACUUGGCCUUGGACCACAUGCUCCCCAGCAGAACAUCCAACAGGUUGGAUCCACAGUCCAGGGAGCUCCAGUAGUUCAAAAGAGGAAAAUCAGAGAACACCAGGAUCAUACCUACUGUAGAGUCCAUACCCAGGGAAGUGCCAUCAAUGGCCAUGUGGAAAUCUGUGAGACCAAAGGUCAGAGAAAGAAGCAGGCCAAUCCUUGCCAUGUCAUUCACCGUGAAGUGCAGAUCCAGGCCCUGCAUGUCCAACAGGAUGGGGACCAGAGAAUCUCCAGAUCAGGACUCGAUACCCAGCCAGGUGACAGAAGCAGCCACACUACCAACUGUGAGACCCAAGGACGAAGGCGCAAACAGGCCAGCCCUCGACAUGCUAUGACGGAUGCAGAUGGCAGAGUGUGGAUGUCAGUGGCCUACUGCAGUCCUGUCCCGAAGCCGCACGCACCUGUCAUUGAUGCGAACUCUGCUGAUGUGAAGACUGUCCAAAUGGCUGGAUCCACAGCCCAGGGAGCUCCAGCAGUUCAAAAAAGGAAGUUGAGGGUGCAUGAGGAUCAUACGUAUUGUAAAGUUCGUCACCAGGAAAGUGCCAUCAACGGCCGUGUGGAGCGCUGUGAGAUCAAAGCUCAGAGUAAGGAGCAGGUCAACCCUUGCCACAUUGUGUGUCCUGAAGUGCUGACCCAGGCCGUGCGUGUCCAACAGCCUUGGCAGCAGAGCAUCUCCACAUCAGACCAUACCCAGGCAAGUGCCAUGUAUGGCCAUGUGGGAAACUGUGAGACCAAAACACAGAGAAGGAAGCAGGCCAAUCCUUGCCGUAUAGUGCCCCGUGAGGUGCAGAUCCAGGCCCUGCAUAUCCAACAGGUUGGGGACCAGAGAAUCUCCAGAUCAGGCCUUGAUAUCCAACCAGGUGACAGCAAGGGUCACGUUGCCAACUGUGAGACCCAAGGACGGAGGCGCAAACAGGCCAGCCCUCGCCACGCUAUGACGGAUGCAGAUGGCAGAGUGUGGAUGUCAGUGUCCUACUGCAGUCCCACCAUGAAGCCGCACGCACCCAUUCCUGAUGUGGACAAUAGUGAGGAGCUCAUGUCUGGACAGCCAAAGAGAAAGAGAGCCAGGCGAUGAAUUCACACAAUAUAGAUAACAAAUAAUACAAUAUCAUCAUGAACUGGUAUGAUAGUACCCGACAAUAAUAAACACAAUUUAAAAUAAAUACACUUAAAAUAAAAUAAAUAUUUUACACUGCA